AGCACCUUACAACAUUUUUCUCUGAUGGAGAGGAAGACGGAGGAGAUGCUGCUGCUGAAAGCGUCCGUCUCUCCGGUGUUUUCAUGGAUUCUCUCGGCUCUGGGAUAAUUUAACAAAUGCAAGACCUAUUUUACUCUUGGAAGGCGUUAAAAGACUUGGAAACAGAGGCUGAUGUGGUGGAUGUGAGUUGAUGUCGACAUCAGAAGCGGGUCGCAUUCCUUCGAAUAUUAUCCGGAAGAAUCAGGGCGAGCGUUUGUUUUCAUUUAGAUUUCGAGCGAUCGUGAUGCUGGAUGCUGUUCUUAGCGAAGAGCGGGAAUAAACGACGCAAAGACGCGUAGAAGAGGCCUGUGUCCUGCUUUAAUCGAUAUCCGUCAUUCUCCAUCACUGAAGCAUGGACAGAUUAGAGGAACUUGUAAACCAGUGGAUUUGGCGGCAGGAUUUCUGGCUUCCUCCUGGCGUCACAUGGAAAGACAUCGCUGAAGGGACGGUGGACGGAGGUCGGCAUCCCGUACCGCGCGACCUGCUCAUCUCCCUGCCCUUGGCCCUGGGUUUCAUCGCACUGCGGUUCGUUUUCGAAAGGGUUGUGGCGCUACCGCUCAGCCGGCGGUUGGGCGUCCGGGACAGGGUUCGGGUGUGUGUCACACCCGUCCCGAAGCUGGAGGAGUUUUACCUGCAGAAGAAGCAGCAGCCGUCACAGAGUGAUUUGCUGGUUCUGGAGAAGCACUGUGGACUCUCUCAGCGUCAGAUCCAGACCUGGCUGCGUCAGCGCCGAAACCAGGACCGGCCCGGAAACACCAGGAAGUUCUGUGAAGCCUCGUGGAGGUUUGUGUUUUAUCUCAUGGCGUUCUCAGCUGGUCUCGUCUCGCUCAUUAAUGUGAGUAUCUCCAUAAUGCUGGGGUUUCUCAGUUCUCUCCUCAGCAUCAUGCUCACGUUUGGAAAUACAUGUAAUCAAAUAUUGAGAGGUUCUCGGGGAAAAAAGUUGCCAUUCGUGCCUGACAAUUUCAGAAAAUGA